AUUUUCUCUCCCAUUUAUUUCCACACGCCACCCCUUUCCUAGCUCGAUUCAGGGUUCACCCCUCUCUCCCCCUCUCUCUCAUGAACUCUGCUUUGCCCCAAUUCAUCACCGUAGGCUUUGUGUGUUGCAACCACCACUCCCUCACUGAUAGAGCACCACAGUGAUAGCUGAGGUCGUUGCCCAACGUCACCUCACGCUUCUCACAGCUGAUCCUUCUUCUCCCCUUUUGAUCAGCCGCUACUUUUCCCGAUCGAUCCAUCACCACAGUUUGCCUCGCCAUUGACGAGAAAUCCUACACCACUGCCACUACACGCCUGAUUGCCUGUGUAGCCAGCUCUUCAUCGCCGAGUUCUCUACCCUGUGCACCACUGCUUUCUUUGCGAGAUGCAAGGGCCAUCCUCGACUGCUGACAUCGCUCAGUUAUUGGACAUUGAUUCUAUGUCGAACCCCUCACAUCAACGGUGAACCUUACGAGCUUUAAAAUGCAAAGUGCCAAUGGUCGCCACCGCCGUCUUCCGCCGAUGUCUCCAACUCAUCGUCUUCGCUGCUGCAGCCGCCUGUUCGCACGCCGACAGCAACUUCAUCAACAAAACCUGUGAAGUCGCCUACAGCCAAGACUUCUGCUUCUCCAUGCUCAUUUCCGACCGCCGGAGCAUCAACGCCUCCACCGCGCCUGAGCUCGCCUACAUCGCGCUCGACAUCGACGCCACCGCCGACAUUUCCUCCACCGUUGGAGUGUUACAACAGAUUGCCGACAAGAACCAGGGCACGGAUCUGGAGGCGGCGCUGAACCAGUGCAUAAUGGUUUACAACAACGCCGGCGGGGAUCUCGAGGACGCACGCGACGCCGUCGGCAGCAAGGAAUACAGCAAUGCCGAUGCUUUGAUCGACUCUGCCGCCACUUCGCCUGAUGGCUGCCAAAAUAUGUUCGACGAUGUGGAGAUGCCGGCGCCGGUGGCGGAGAAAGGGGAGUGGCUAGGCGAGAGAAUUGACGUCUGCUCUGCCCUUGUGAAGGCGCUGUUUAAUCAAUAGUUCGAAUUUCGAUAUUUAUCUAUUUGAAUAAUUAUUGUCGAUCCAUCUAAAAUGGAUUAGGCUUCGUUGAAUUAUUGAAUUUGAUAAAAAUAAAUAAAUUAAUGAAAAAAAAGACUUCG